AUGCCAGACAGAGACGACGAUAUAGUGAGUGAAAAAGGAACUGAAGUGUCUGAAAUACCUAAUGGCAGUGAAGAGAAGUUUGAGAUGGUGAGGGAGAGGGAGGACAAUAAUUUUACCGAGUCAGUAAGAGAAGACACAAGUUUACAAGAGAACAACAGAGAGUUUUCGAUGGAUGACGGCAGUGCUGAGAAUACGAGUAAAGUGAGAAACGAGGAGCACAAACCUGUGGCCAUUUCUUUAAAUAUAGGAGUUAAGGAUAUACAAGCUAAAAUGUACGGCCCUUUGAUGAAUUCGACAUUGGAAGAAGAGAGCAGUGAUCCAUUAAGAAUCGGUAUAAAUGAGACAUCCGAUAUUGCCGAAGCCCAGUUCCACCUCACGACCGCAGUCACCAGCCCCACAACGACCGAAUUCAAGAGGCACAAGGUUCGGGACGAUGAGAGGAUACAGAGGUUUACUGCGCAUGUGUACGAACAAGGUUUGAAGGUUUUCGAAUCGAUGAAAAAGAAAACGGAUCCUUACACGGCAACCAAGAUCGACGCGUUGGCCGACACCUACAAGCAGAAAUUCACGGAUUUCGUGGAAAAUACCAGAAAUGUAGACGUUAAAACUAGACAGGGAACCCAUAACGUUAUCCUGCAUACCAUAGACACGUCCAACUUAAUCUUGGAGAGGAUUGCCAAUUUUCUGAAGACUGAUAUGCUUGGCGAAGGUACAAGUGCGCUGAGGCAAGGCGGCGCGUCCCAGCUCCAAAAAGAAGUGGACAGGGUGAAAUCGCUGGAGCACGAGCAUGCGUGCAAAGUGUUUGGGAUCUGCCGUAGUGCUAAUGGAUUCAGAAACGUACUACGAAACAUCAUAUCAACACUCCUCUCACUCCCAGACAGCAAGCUACUUCAGGCGAACGACGCAGCAACAGAAAUACUAAAAGACGCCGAUUUAUUAGUCUUCAUAUCAUCCUAUGCCACCCUCCACAGAGUCAAAAAAGCAAUACGUUCUUUAGAAAACAUUGAUGCUAGAUCAUUGAGAAAGAACUUAGAAGUAUUGUUCAGCGUUUUAAGCCAAUCGCACUUACCUUUGAUAGUAAAUAAAGCAAAUGCUUUUGAAGAACAUUCAGUCAAACGGACGGUAUCUUUCCACGCUCUUUUAGAUGCUAUAGAAGACGCUUUGCCCCCUACUGAGGCUAAUAAAUCAGAGUGGGGGGAGAUUGCGAAACGUUUGGAGAUAUGGAAAGAUGGGGGGGCAGUUGAUGUGCAAGAAACGCUGAAUAUUUUGUAUAAUAAUGUAUACAGGGGGGCGCAGAAGUAUAGAGAACGGUCGGAGAAGAUAAGAGAACUGGUCGAAGAUGUUGCUGAAAGUGUUGUUGAUGAUGAUGAUUAUGAGUAA